AUGGGUGCCCUGGGUGGGAAGCUGAGAGGAAGCUCAGCUGAGGACACAGCCUGGAAGGGGAAGCGCGCCGUGCCUGGCCCACACCCUGGGUCCGCAGCCCACAGUGAGCUGGACACACACCGCGGCUUGGCCAGGGAACGGGGCGCUGGGGCCCUGCAGUCUCCGCGGCUGUACCAAGCGCACAGAGGACGCAUCCGGACCACCUCUAGGACCCAGGGCCGCGCUGGGCUUGGCACCCGGAGCCUCGCUAGCCAAUGGACGGGCUCCAUUGUGCCUCAUUUGCAUCCGCCGGCGCCGCCGCCCGUGCCCCCCGGAGGCCUCCCGGGGUUGCCAGCCAGGCCCGCGCCCCAGGGCCUGCUCAGCCCCACGACGGCUCCCGCCGGCCUCAGCGUCGGCCUGGACGGACAGCGCCAGAGGAGACGAGUCACAUCUCAACGCUGCUCCCUCGAAUUUCUGGAAGAUGCAGUGGGAUGUGCCUCAGUACAGAGAACCAAACAUGCAUCUGGAUCACCUAGACACAAAGGCCUGAAGAAAACCCACUUCAUCAAGAACAUGAGGCAGUAUGACACGAAGAACAGCAGGAUCGUGCUCAUCUGUGCCAAGCGGUCCCUGUGUGCAGCCUUCUCAGUCCUGCCCUAUGGAGAAGGCCUACGGAUCAGUGACCUGAGGGUGGACAGCCAGAAGCAGAGGCACCCAUCCGGCGGCAUUUCUGUUUCUUCCGAGAUGGUCUUUGAGUUGGAAGGCGUUGAGCUGGGAGCUGAUGGAAAGGUCGUGUCUUAUGCGAAGUUCCUGUACCCUACUAAUGCUUUGGUCACACACAAGAAUGACAACCAUGGUUUGCUGCCCCAGCCUCGGCCCAGCGUCCCCCGGGCUCCUCCAGGGUCAAGACAUAAACCUGUGCCCACCAAGUCAGCACCAACUGGCACAGAACUAGGGAGCGAUGGGGGUGAUGCAGUAGAGUACAACCCCAACCUCCUGGACGACCCACAGUGGCCCUGUGGGAAGCACAAGCGUGUGCUCAUCUUUGCCUCAUACAUGACCACAGUGAUAGAGUAUGUGAAGCCAGCAGACCUCAAGAAGGACAUGAAUGAGACCUUCAGGGAGAAGUUCCCUCACAUCAAACUAACAUUGAGCAAAAUCAGGAGUUUGAAACGGGAGAUGCGGAACCUGUCUGAAGAGUGCAGCUUGGAGCCCGUGACCGUGUCCAUGGCCUACGUGUACUUUGAGAAGCUUGUCCUGCAGGGCAAGCUCAACAAGCAGAACCGCAAAUUGUGUGCCGGUGCCUGCGUGCUGCUUGCCGCCAAGAUCAGCAGCGAUCUUCGCAAGAGCGAAGUGAAACAGCUUAUUGACAAGCUGGAGGAAAGAUUUCGGUUCAACAGGAGAGAUCUCAUCGGGUUUGAGUUCACGGUGCUUGUGGCUUUGGAACUGGCCCUGUACCUUCCUGAAAACCAAGUGUUACCUCACUAUAGACGCCUCACCCAGCAGUUCUAGCCCAGGAUGGUGUGCCCUGCAGGAUGUCUAGCAGGAAGGCAUGUAGCUUGUAGGACACAGAGGCCACUGGUGUCCCUGUAUCCAGCCUGCUUCUCCUGUGCUGCACCUGCCCUUCGCAACCUGAAGGGCUCUCCUUGGCUUCCUUGGAAAGUUGCUUUCAUUCCAAAGUGCGCCACACCUCCAAAGGCACUUCUGAGAAUUUUCUUGAACUAAACGAACAAUAUGGGGCUUGGUUAGUUUUUCAUGUGCCUGGGACCAGCCUGGUUUACGUCAUGUGCUGAAUCCUGAGAUCCAGCCAGCUAUCUUCACUUGACCCUGCAGGACCACUCCUACGGAGACCUAGGUGUCCAGAUCUUAUGAACAUGCUGAAAUUGCCAGGUUUCCCUCGUUUGUCCGGAUGUGGCAGUGCAGACCAAUAGUCUUUCUUAGUGCCCUAUGUCUACCCUAGCAGAGCUCUCAAAGAAAUGCACAGCUUUUGGUGCCAAGAGCAGCCUCCUUGAUCCACUCUGAUCAUUCUUCUCACCUUUGGCCCUCUGCUGAAGCAUCCUGCCACUGUGAAGCCCUUCUGCCCUUCACAUACCCAACCUUCACAUACCCAACCCCUCCCAUGCUAGGACCACCCCCUGCCUCCUGACAGAAAAACCCUUUUCUCUGCAGCACUGGACCUUUAGGACAACUGCAUACUCUCGACUUCCUUAAGCAAUAUUGUGACAGUGAAAACCUAAUUUGAGACGUGGUUAAGUUUCUAAAGGAACAAAAGUUGGUCCGAUGUGCGACUUUGAAAACACACUUGACCUUCGGGCAGGAAGGCACUGACCCUGCCUCCUCCUAGGCCAAGUGCCCACCAAAUGGGACCAUCUGCUUUCCCAGGCCUGUACCUUGUUACCCCACCAACACUGGAAAACCAAGAACCCUCUCCUUGUGGGCCCACUCCUCCCAAUGGACAUUCUGGCUGAGCCAACCUCCUUGUCUACAAAUCUGACACCAGCCUGGGCUCCUACACAUCAGUUCCCUUGCUGGCAGCCAUUCAGCACCACCACACCACCAACCAUGAGUGGCAGCUCAUGGCCUCAGGCCUGCCCCCUCCAACCACCUAGACACAGAGAGUUAAUAAGACUUGAAUGCACAGGAAUUUUACAGGUCACAAGUGAGUCCUUUCAUCCUUAUGAUGACAUGAUCAGGCCCCUGCUCCUCAGAGAGUGCUGGUCUAAACCCAAGGCAGCAGUCCAACCAAAACAUGUCCAUCAGGAGCACUGUUCUGGUUUACAAGCCACCUUUGGGGGGAUAUGCCCCUGGUGUCUUCCUCUAGUAGUUAACUAUAACUUAAGUUUGUGUGUUUAUGUAGGAGUUUUAUUCGUUUAUCAAACUGGUUUCCUGGAGGUCCCUCCCACCCUGUCUUCUUCCUUAAUACCAAGAGCUGCCACUGUGUGGUACUGAGAGCUACAACAAAGCCAAUCUGUAACUAUGACAGACUGAAGCCCAGAUCCUCUAGACUGAGCCUAGGAGUCUGAGCUGUGUUCCAGGUGUCCAGCUGGACUGUGACCAAGUGACACAGACCUGGUGAUGCAUCCUCAGCACCCAGCGUGAACAUACUAAGUAUCUGACCUCAGAAUGUUUAUGUGUCAGGUUGUUCUCAAAUGGACAGUGUUAAGUGUUGUUCUUGUUGAAGUAAAUUUGGUUUUGCAACAUCC